UAAAAAAAGAAAAAAGAAAAAAAGAAAAAGAAAAAGUCAUUUGUAAACCUUUCAAUUAAGAAGCAGCAACACCAAAAUCAUCACCAUGGCCAAGACCAAGACCCUGACCUUCCUCUUCAUUCUCUUCACCAUUUUCUCAAUCUCAACCCUUACCACCACCGCCACAAAAAACCAUCGCUUCGCAAGAGCCUUAUCUCCAGCUAAAAUAGGGAUAAAGGCUGAGAAACUAAGCCACCUCCACUUCUACUUCCAUGACAUAAUCAGUGGGAAAAAUGUUACGGCCGUGAGAGUUGCCGAGGCUCCAGGGACAAAAACAUCACCCACAAUAUUCGGAGCUGUGAAUGUGAUUGACGACCCAUUGACUAUGAAGCCCGAACUGAGUUCCGAACGAGUGGGAAGUGCUCAAGGAAUAUUUGCUGCGGCUUCGCAAAGUGAAUUCGCCUUUGCAACGACGAUUAACUUUGUUUUCACUUCAGGAAAGUUCAAUGGUAGUACUCUCAGUGUGUUAGGGCGCAAUAGUGUGUUCUCGAAUAUCAGGGAACUUCCUAUUGUUGGUGGGACUGGGGUUUUUCGCUUCGCACGUGGGUACGCUCAGGCUCAUACUUACUCGAGGGAGAACAAUGGUAAUGCCGUUGUGGAGUACAAUGUUUAUGUCUUCCAUUAUUGACGUGUGUUUUCCACCUUUCUUUAUGAAAAACUUUAGUUGUUAGCUUUUAUUUCUUAUUAUUUUUUAAAAUUC